AUGGAUCCCGCCACCGGGUUGCCGUACGGCUGGAACGAGCGCACGAACGCGGUGAGCGACCCGGGCAGAGUGGCCACCGCGAGCUUCAGCGCGCGAGGCGCGUACGGCGCGAGCGACGAGGGCGACGCGUCGUACAAGACGAGCGAAGAGGUUGAGGCCUAUUGGAUGUCGAAGAUAGACGCGGAAAGGCGCGCGCAGGCGCCGGCGCCGCCGGGAAAGAAGUCGCACGACGAGGCGAAAUCGACGCAGAAACGGCUGCCGAUCGAUUGGGACGAACGCGCGAAGCGAAGGGCGGCGGACGCGGAGCGGUACGGCGCGAGCGCGAACGCGAGCGGCGGUUCCGACGCGACCGCGAGCGCGAGCGCGGCGACCUCGCCCGAGCUCGCGCUCGUGCGCGUCGCCACGAACGCGUGCGAGUUGCUGGCGGCGGUUUUAGAUCAAAGAUUGGUUUCGUUGCCCGAGGAGGAUCGAGCGGCGUUCGCGGCGGCUGUCUCGCGGUCGCUCGCGUUGGUCGUCAAAUGUCGAUGA